AUGGCCAAACGUAAAAAGUCCACCAAAAAGUCAACAACCACUACUACAAACUCUCAACAAGAACAACCGUUAGAUUCACUAGACUACUCCGAUGACAUUCUUCUUCAAUCAACAGACAAAAUAACACCAUUUGUUGCAAUUCAUCAGAAUAAUUUAUUACAAUCAAGUUCGGCUCCUGAUAUAAAUGAAGCUUUUAGUGAAGAAUCGAGUCAUCAUCAUGUUAAGGAACAACAUGAAAGUAAAUUACUAGAUACUAUUAAUAAAGUUGAUCCGGAUUAUGCUCCACACCUUCAUCACCAUCAUCACGUGAAGGAACAUCAUGAAUUUGUCACUUCUCAAGAUCCACCUCAUGUUUAUUAUGUUGGUGGCGAUGAGGAUAUUAUUGAUGAUGAGGAUGAGGAUGAAUCUGCAAAACUCUACAAUAAGGACGGAGAGGAUGAAGUUCAAGCAGUUGAUGUAACAAAACGAUAUGAAAGAAAACAAAGUCUAAAACAAAGAUUGAAGAACUUUUCGAUAAGAGACAUUAUUGUGAAAUGGAGAUACUCAAUUGUGUAUUCUUUAUAUUUAUUAUUUAUGAGUGCACUUGCUGCCUUUUUAUUUGGAUGGUCAAUUUACAAGAGAGGAAAAAUUGAAGAAAUUUGGUUUUUAGCUUUGGAAGGUUUUUGUACUUUUGCAAUUUGUUAUGAAUGUGUUUUGAGCAUAUUUUUAUAUAAGAGACAAUUUUACAAGAAACUCAUUGUUUGGUGCAAUUUAUUCGUUUCCAUAUCAGCAAUUGUAAUUUUCUCAUUGCUUCUUUAUUGUUUCAUUGAGAAGGAGGAGAAUUACUUUUGGAAUAACGUUGCUUUCGCUCAGGAAGCCGUCAUUGGUUUGCAUUGUUGCGUAAAUGCAUUCAGAAUUAUUGUAUAUAUUUUACAAAUUAGAAGAGGAGGAGGUAUUGUAAGAAAUAACUUUAUUGUGCUUGAUGUGACAAACAAUGAUAAUACUGGUGCCUCUCCAUCAGCAGCUCACUUGGCUGAAACUACUGAACACCGUUACGGAACUUCUCAAGUUUAA